CUUCAUACUUUUAACUUAGUUUGUUUAUAGUAUAAAGUCCUUCGCAUUAUGUGCAUAUUUGCACACGUAUCAGUCAAAAGCAAAUUGAGCUCGCGCAUGACGUAGAGAUCAACACUGGUAAAUAACGCUAGUUUGUCGCUAUAUAUUGUGCUUUUAGAAUGUAACUUAGCUAUAUCUUAUUUUAAAUGUGGUAACAGAUGUUGGUAUUUAAAUAUUAGCUCCUCCCUAUAGGCUAACAUUAAAUGUACACGUGUACGCUUUGUUCAUAUAUUAACCCGUUCUUUGAGUCGAAUCUUUCGAACGAAUCAAUUGAACCUUAAAGUGAUGAUGUAAGAUCAGAACAGUUCCAAAGAUCUAAUGAUCAGUGCUUUAAACAUUCCAGGAAUGUCUGCGUGGUGUCCCCAGGAGAUAAGCCUCUCUGCAGGCAUCACCAGCAAAGCUUUUGUCCUUCUAAACUAAGGAUACUGAAGGUCUAAAUCCAAAGUGGCUAUUGAUUUCUACAAGAAUGUGAUGAAUGAGGCUACAGUGGGUUUUUUCCUCACUGUCAAGAUAAAUGCAAUUUUCAUUCAAGAAUUUCUAAAAAAAAAAAAAAAAAAAAAAAAAAAUUAAAAUAAUAAUAAUACAAAUACCUCUGUCCUUUUUCUACUUUUUCCCGGACUUGACAAAAAGAUGCAUCAAAUUUCCUACUCCCAGCUUUUAAAAUGACCCAAACUAACACCUGCAGCAUCUAUACAGGAUCAUACAGUAAAAUGGCAGAUGGAUUUUCAAUUAUGGUUAACAGUGUGACCACAUCUCUUAACAACGAUGAGUGUCGGACACUUCUGUACCUUUGUACGGAUUUGUUCACCAACAGCUGUGUGGAAGAUCUGAGAGGAGCUUUGCUGGCCUUUGCCAAACAGAAACAGAAUCAAGCGGGUCAGUCUCAGGCUGGUGAUGCCUUGCUGAUGGAGCUCAUGUUCCGAAUGAAGCGCUUUGAUAUCCUAAAGAAAGUUUUCGGCACCAACAGACAACAGGUAGAAGUAAUUCUGCAGAGGGGAGGCGUCCUCUCAGAUUACAGGGUUCUGAUGGCAGAUGUGAACGAAAACCUGGAAAAGGAGGAGUUACAAUCUCUUAUAUUUCUCCUGAGCAGUAUCCUGCCCAAGGAAAGAAUGGCUAGAGCUACUAGCUUUCUAGAUGUGGUGGUGGAGUUGGAGAAGUUAGAUGAAGUAUCUUGUGAUAAAGUAGACCUGCUUGAACAGUGUUUGGGGAACAUUAAGAGAUUUGACCUUGUCAAAAGGAUUCAGGCCUACAAGAAUAGAGGUCAGAAAAUACCAUGUGCAGAAACUAAAGUUCAAAAUACCUUUAAGUUCAGCCCUGUGAAGGUUCAGUCACCAGUUAAUCAAGGGAGACGACAACAAUGCUGUUCUCAAGAGUUUAAAAAUUUGAAGCUUUCAGUGCCUGAAACAGGAACACAAUAUCAACAGGCUUUUGUGGAGGAGUAUCCGAUAAAUCCUGAGCAGAGAGGCCUGUGUGUGAUAAUUGACUGUGUUGGCUUUGAUGGACAGAUGCUGAAUCAGACAUUUGAGCGUCUGGGUUUCAUGGUCAUUUUCCACUCUCUCCUGGGUCUGAAAGAAACACAGAAGGUCUUGGAGGACCUGACUCGCCACAGGACCCUUCGGAGGGUCAACUUCUUUGUCUGCUGCCUCAUUAGCAGGGGAACAGACACUCAUCUGUUGGCUACAGACUCUAACAGCCUUGGCUUCAGGCUGGAGGAUCUCAGGCAGCUUUUCAACCCAAAUCAGUGUCCCUCUCUGGGUGGUAAACCCAAACUCUUCUUCACCCAGAUCUACAGUACCACAGAAGCCCCUCUAACAGCCUCAAUGGAUGAUGAAUUCCUUGAGACAGAUGGACCGAAAUGCCAUUAUUCUAGGACUGUCCCACAGUCAGCGGAUGUCCUUUGGAGCGUGUGCACAGCAGAGGCAAAACUGCUGGAAGGUUCUGGCCACCAGUCGGUUUACCUGCAUGCAUUAAACUCUGCCUUACUGAGGGGACAUGAGAGAAAGACGCCUAUAUUGGAUAUCAUGACGGAGGUGAACAGAAACGUGUUUAGUCACAAUCAGCAGAAUCCUGAGAAGAAGUAUCAGCUUCAACACUCUCACACACUACGGAAGAAUAUUUACUUGUAACAACAAUUUACUUGUGUUGUGCAACACAACACAAACUUCUUUUUUCUUUGUCUGUCUUUCUUGCCCAGGCACUCUACUUGUUUUAAAAUAGAAUUGUUUGCGCACAAAACUCUCCAUAUAGUGAAUAAGUACACAUAGCUAGAUACUGCCAUCAUGUUCUCAUUAUUGUAUAUUUUAUUAUAUAUUUGUAUUUUAUUUAUUUGUGAGUCUUUAUCCUCUGUGGCAGCUACUGUGCUGCAGUCACAGUGCUAGUUUCUCAAUAAACCUAAAGUCAUUAGUCAA